GCGGCGCUUUGUUGAUAUUCUACUUUUUCUUGGUUUUCUUUUCUUUUUCUCUUUCUGGGGUUCCUAAGCGCAUGUUCCUGGCUUCCGGUUCCGGGGUAUCAAUGACCAUUGGCCCAAAACGAGCUCAGGAAUGUAUGGAAGCAUCGCCAGCCACUGUAUCAUAUGUUCGGAAUUCUCCUGCAACGGCUCGGUAGGAAGAUUGAGCUCUCUGGUCCGAAUUUCGCUACAAAGUUUCGCAAGUUCUCGGCAUUUUGUACUGUUCAUUGAGCGAGGAGCUUUCCGUAUAGCAUCCCGAAAAGAGCCAGGCUGUAAUGGCAACUGCGACCUCUACUUAUCCAUGCCUACCUUGCGCUCGAAUGACGACAAAGCCGGGCCAAGGCCUGAUGCGGGCAGCUGCCCAUACCAAGGAGCUUCGAACGGGGUCAUACAUUCCAAAUCGGGCACUCCGUUUGUUGAUACAUUCCACCGCGUGCACCGUAGCAUUCCAAUCAUAUCAUUAUUCCGUUAUCCCUUUCUUGCUACACGGGCAGUCGAUGGAAGAAAAAAACGACCUUUCCUUGGUACCUCCUUUUCAAACAAAGUACCAUGAUUUAACCACCUGAACUUCGUCAUACGGAAGCCAGCUCCGAGAGCAUAUCACGCGUUCAACAGGACGUGCAACAAAGGACCGAGU